UGACGAAGAAUCCUUCGGAAACUUUGAAAGACAACUGUUCUGCAGCUAAAACUAUGGCUUAUGUCUCGUGAAUAAGGUUUAUUGUUUAAUGAAGUGUGUACAUAUAUGGACAUACCUGAUGCGGUGCUCGGCAAACUGAUUCUGGUGACCACCAGUACGGUUUGUGUGUUGUUAGCUUUCUGGGUCAACACUUAUCCUUUUAUUGACGAAGAGUCCCCUCUGUACUGGGUGGUCCCGGACCCGCAGUGGUUCCUGGUGUCGUGCGGCGCGUGGGGGCUGGUGUUCGUGGGCGGGCUCAUGUGCUUCACGCUGCAGCAGCUGCGCGCUAACGUGUAGGUCGCCCUUACUCAUGGGCCUGUCGCAGCGCAAGCCCAGCCCCGGGGCGGGCAGUGCGGCCGGGUCCCGCUGGGUCGUGCUGGGCAUCUCGGGCGUGACGUGCGGCGGCAAGACGUCGCUGGCCAACCGCCUGCGCGCGAGCCUGGCGCCCGUGUUCGUGCUGCACCAGGACAAAUACUUCUUCCCGGACGACUCGCCGCGCCACGUGGCCGUGCCCGGGCUCAGCCCGCCGCACAACAACUACGACAUCCUCAGCGCGCUCGACAUGGACGCCAUGCUGCGGGACGCGCGCGACACGCUGGCGGGACGCGACCGCUCGCACGAGCACGACGCCGCGUCCGCGUCCGCCUCCGCCCCCGCCUCCGCGCCCGCGUCCGCCCCGCUGCGGCUGCCCGACACCAACUUCCUCAUCCUCGAGGGCUUCACCAUCCUCAACUACCCGCCCAUCAUGGAGCUCUGUGACCUCAGGUACUACUUCACGCUGGAGUACAGCGAGUGCGUGGCCCGGCGCGUGUUCCGCCUCUACGACCCGCCCGACGUGGACGGCUACUUCGACAAGUGCGUGUGGCCCGAGCAUCUCAAGUACCGCGCACAGUUGGAGCAGGACGAGCGCGUGUGCAUGUUGGACGGCACACGACAGGACGCCUUCGACAUCGUCAUGAACGACAUACGAGCGUUCGCCGAGCGGUAACACACACAACACACACUCACACAGACAUACACUCUACAGCUGAACACCCAGGCCUUGUGCACAGUGUUGAUUAAAUCGUUCUCGGAUUAUUAUUAAUUAUUCUUACUAUGAUAAGUUUCUCUGACAUAAGUCAAAUUAGAUUCGCACCAUAACCCCCUUGUUAGGCGAAUGUAAAAGUAAUCUGUCAAAUUGUAUGCGAGUCGGGACUGAUAACACUCAUGGUUAUCAAUAGACCGAUGGCGCAUAUUAUUAUGACGUCACACAAGUUUAUCUACUGAUGGUAAACGAUGGUCGUAUUAACAUUUUGAUGGACGUAGGUACGCAUGCAUGGAGGCAAUGUAUGUGAAGAAUACAACGCCAUCUAUUAUACAGUGCCUUAAACAUGUUUAAUAUAUUUUUUGUCUGUGGCGUUCCAUUACAAAUCAAUGGUUGUAUUUAGGCACUGUUUCUGUACGAAUGCUUUUCUGUCGUGUUAAACAAAUCAAGAGCUUUCGAAGCAAAUAGUGUUUAUCUUAAUGUAAAUUGAUAUUUAGAUAACCUUAUUUCGAUAUAAUUUUGUAUAUGAACGAUUUUUAAAUUUGAGUCUUACUGGUGUAGAUUUAACAUACAAAAUACAAUAACUAAAAUUUGUAAAAGUUAUUUAUCAAUCAUAGUUUAAAACACUCAGAACUAUCGUCAACGGCACUAGAUUUAUAUCUAAGUAUUGUUAAGUUAUUUACUACGAAUAAAUUUUGAUCUAUUGUAA